AUGGAUGAGCUUGAAAAAGAACUGUUUGCAAAUGAGGAAAUUGAAAUCAAGGAACAAUUAUUCGCUGAUAAGUACACUAAAACAUAUGUAGUAGAAUGGAAAAAAUGCGACGACCUCUACAUUCUCAAAAAAAUUAAACUCAACAUUUCGCAACAACUCCGAAUUGAUUCCUUAAAAGCUUUAUAUCAUCCAAAUGUAAUACAUAUUUACAGAUCAUGGGUCAUUAAAAAGCAUGUGUAUUACCUAAUUGACUAUUGUAAGAAGUCUAUGGGAACAUUAGUUUCAGAAACUGGUCCAUUAGACCCAAAGAUGUUUACCAUAUACUCAUUCAAUAUGCUACAAGCCUUAAAGUUUUGUCACGAAAAAGACGUGAAAAAUCUCCGAUUAACCCCUUAUCGAUUUUUCUUAGAUAAAUAUAAUAGAAUUAGGAUGUGCAUGUUUUGCCUUGCAGUACAGUCUAAUGCUUACACAUCUUCUUUUUCAAUUUAUCCAAUAGAAACUACAGAUAUUGUGACUUUAGGACUUAUAUUUUAUUUUAUGGUUACAGGAAAGAUACCUGCAGGCUUUAGUUUUGAUAGCGUAGAAAAUGUGUUUCAAGAUCCAUCAAUCAUAGAAAAUAUUACUUAUCCAGCAGACAUGCCAAGCGAUAUUAAGGACUUGAUAAUGAAAUGUUUUGACUUAUCAAAAGAUAACUCAGUUACGGAUUUGUUACAGAAUCCAAUUUAUAAAGCAGUUCCUGCUUUGGAGCGAAACAAAGUUAGAACGCCAAAUUCACCACACAUAUGCCAGUUCAAGCGAUUUAGUGAUGUUCCUCAGCCAGUGCCUGUUGUAUUAAAUUAUCGCCAGUUUCAGCGCCGUUCCUUAAAUUAG